UAUGAAUUGUACAACGUAAAUGUCAGAUGUUUUUUGUUUAUUUUUUUUUUAAUCUCGAACAAUUUGAAAUUGAAGUAUUUACAACAAUAGAUUUGAUUUGCUGAUUGUGUUGUAUAAACUCGGAAAAAAGUGAAUAUGGCAUCGAAAUCGGUAGUCAUUGGUGGUGGAACUGGGUUCAUUGGAACGCAUCUAUCGAAUUUGUUGAAGAAAUCUGGUUACAAUGUGCUUACAGUUUCACGAUUGCCCGGUUUGAACCGUAUUACGUGGCAUCAAUUGAAUGAAAAUGGUUUACCGAAUGAUACAGUAGCAGCUGUAAAUGUCGCCGGUCAGAAUGUUCUCGAUCCGACACGACUGUGGACAUCAGGCUUUCAACAAAAUGUUUGGAAUUCUCGCAUUAAUACAACAGCUACAUUUGUUCGAGCCAUCACAAAUGCGAAAACAAAGCCAAAUGUCUUUGUCAGCAUCAGCGGCGUCAGCUUGUAUCGACCAUCAGAUAGUAAAAUUUACACCGAAGAUGAGAAAGGCGAGGAUUUUGAUUAUAUGUCAAAUUUGUGCUUGCAUUGGGAAAAAGCGGCUGAACUUCCACCAGAAGUAAAAACACGAUUGGUUCGCAUCCGCACCGGAGUUGUUAUAGGUAGAAACGGUGGAAUGAUUAAAUCGUUGAAGUUGCCGUUUUGGUUUGGCUUUGGUGGUAAAAUUGGUGCGGGAACGCAACCAUUACCAUGGAUUCAUAUCGAAGAUCUCUGCCAACUUAUCAAAUAUUCCAUUGAAAAUGACAAAGUCAAUGGCGUCUUGAACGGUGUCGCACCGGAUAUCAUUACAAACGACGAUUUUACCAAGGCAUUUGGAUCGGUGAUGCGUCGUCCGACAUUUUUCACCACACCGGAAUUUGUGAUUCGAAAUCUAUUUGGCAAAGAACGAGCUGCUAUCCUCUUGACCGGUGCCAAGAUUCAACCAAAACGCACAUUGGAGCUUGGAUUUCAGUAUAAAUACCCAAAAGUGAUCGAUGCAUGUCGUGAAGUGUGUUAGUUUUCUCAGGGCGCCAUCAAGUGAUAUGGUCAUGUCUUUAAAUUAUUUGUUCUCAUCCCUCGUCCCACUUGUACUUAUUGUCAAAAUGCACUUCAAUCGAAAUACUGGGGAAAUUUUUGUUUUCCAUUAAAAGAAUUAUUUCAAUCAAACUAAAA